GCGAGCAACGUUGCAAGGCCAAGCGUGGUGCUCUAAUCGCGGCCGCCGAGCCAAGAGACAUAUAUGUUGUGCUCGGUCGCCGACUCUGAGGCCAAGCUGCUGCCAUCGGGCAUGAACGAGGAGGAUUCCCAGAGCCCCAGCUGCUCGUACCCCGGCGGCAGCAGCCGCGCACCGCCGCGGUCGGUGUUGCGCCAGCGGCCGCUGGGCAACUUCCUGCAGCGUCGGGCACCCACCGCCAGAGACGCGUUUCCAGAGACCGAGAUCAUGUUUCCGCUGCUGCCGGACAGUCGUGUGGACGCCUGGAGUGGCGGCUACCCGCUGGACAGCCCUCCGGACUCUCUACGGCUCCGUUCGACCAACGGCCGGACGCAAGGUCCUAGCUCGGCGCGGAUGGGCCGCUCGGCAGCACGCAAGCGGACAUCCCGUGACGGCGGUUCGCGCCAGGGCAGUCAGCGGCGGCGCGCCGCGCGUGACGCUGGACCCACGAGGAGCGUGUCCAGUGGGUUCUUCAAGAGGAUCUUCCGGGGAACGCCGCGGAAGUACUCGUUGCCGCCUGAGCCGAAGGACACCUCCCCAGAGCUGAGCUUCAGCGAAGUGAUGAUGCGCUACCACCAGCAAUCCCCGGACUCCGGCAACUCGUUCGGCUCGGCCACGAAAAAGUCGGCGUCGGAGCGAAAGACGAUGCCCGAAGUAGUUCCCGCAGCGCCCCCACCGGCGCAAAGGAAGAAGCGUUUCACCGCGCACGAACGGAAGAUGGUGUACGUGAAGAUCCUGCAGGACGCUCUCAGCAACCAAGACGCGUGCCCCAACAGCGCGCUCAUGGUGACGCCCGACGUGGAGACCGGCUGGUUCCUGGUCUCCUUCCACGUCUGGGUCCGACACGACCACCAGCCGCUCAAGGACGCCGUGGCCGCCAAGCGCUUCCCCAAGUCCGGUGCCACCUACUUCGUGCAUGGCGGCACCGGCACGCUCUGACGUCGACCUGUCGGAGCACCCGAUAAAAACGAGACUCGGGGAUCUGUAGGGGACAGGACAGCUUUUGCAGACGAGGAAUCGCUAUAGCCGCGCGCUGCAUGAGCAUGUGAAAUGGAAAGACGUUACAGCGUGAACUAAGGCAUUCACGAAAAAAGAAAGCGAAUAAAAAUAAACCUACAAGUACGAGCGCUACUAGCAAUGUGAUAGAACGUAAGAUUAACUUGAUUAACUUGAUAGACCAAUCUAAAAAAUGCAGCCAGUUCCACGAACUGAAAUGUGUCGAAGCAGCAGAGCUGUGUUCGUUCUGUUUCUGCGAUUGUCGCGUAUGUGUUUUUUUUCUCUCGCUGUGGUAGUCUUCGUUUUAGACCGAAGGAACGACCACAUCUCCGCUGUUUCGGCAGAUUUCACUUCGU